CUUAUCCCACAAUUCUGUGUGCAGAGUAGUCAUGGCGGUGUGCUGUUGCUGAACAAAACAUUGAGGAUUUUCAUCGGCGAAUAAAAAUUAUUAAAUAAAAUACAGCCCGGAAAGGCAACAGUAAAUUCUGAACCAUUCAUCAUUUUGCAAAAAGAAUAGAAAAUGAGCACACAGUACAGCAUACUUUUCAAGCAAGAACAUGCUCAUGAUGAUGCUAUUUGGACUGCGGCAUGGGGGAGGAGUGAGAAAGAUGGCACCGACACUAUAGUGACAGGGUCAUUGGAUGACUCUGUAAAAGUCUGGAAGUGGACAGAUGAGAAGCUGGAGUUACAGUGGUCUUUGGAAGGUCAUCAGCUUGGGGUGGUGUCAGUGGAUAUAAGUCACAAUGGUGCUAUUGCAGCCUCCAGUUCUUUAGAUGCCCACAUACGUCUCUGGGAUCUGGACUCUGGCAAACAGAUAAAGUCAAUGGAUGCAGGACCAGUGGAUGCUUGGACCGUGGCCUUUUCUCCAGAUUCCAAGUACGUGGCUACAGGAAGCCAUCUGGGAAAAGUUAACAUCUUUGGCGUGGAGAGCGGGAAGAAGGAAUUUUCUUUGGACACUCGAGGGAAAUUCAUCCUUAGUAUUGCAUAUAGCCCAGAUGGGAAGUAUCUGGCCAGUGGAGCUAUAGAUGGAAUCAUUAAUAUUUUUGAUAUUGCUACUGGAAAACUUCUCCACACGUUGGAAGGUCACGCUAUGCCGAUUCGAUCCCUGACGUUCUCUCCAGAUUCUCAGCUUUUAGUAACUGCUUCAGAUGAUGGUUACAUCAAGAUAUAUGAUGUACAACAUGCAAACCUUGCUGGGACUUUGAGUGGCCAUGGAUCUUGGGUAUUAAAUGUUGCAUUUGGUCCCGAUGACACCCACUUUGUUUCAAGCUCUUCUGACAAGAGUGUCAAAGUGUGGGAUACUGGAUCAAGAGCAUGCGUGCACACAUUCUUUGAUCAUCAAGAUCAGGUGUGGAGCGUUAAAUACAAUGGAAAUGGUUCCAAGGUAGUGUCUGCUGGAGAUGAUCGGGAAAUCCACAUAUACGACUGUCCAGUUUAACUGUGGCUUAAGAGACUGGAAGACUGAACAAACUGACCCUGCAGUAUGGAAGAUAAUUCCCAAUGGCUCUGCACCCGAUACAUCAUAGAACAGCCUGUGUUGGCAUAGUAUCCAGAUACUUUUAUUAUAUUCUAAUGAAAACAGCUGUUUAAACACAUCCCAGUGUUCACAAUUGGGAAAAACAAUUUUCUUUUAUUAAAAAAGAAGCGUUUAUUCUGCUCAUCUUGUUGUACAUAUAAUUGGUCUCCUUGGUAAGGAAAACAUUUGCUCCAACUUAAAUCCAAAACUAUAGCAUCUGUAUUUCUACAUCACUGCAAGGAAUUACAGAAAUAAAAUGUGCUUAUUUUUAA